AGGAUGCCUAGCCCGAUGCGCCUGCGCAGUGCCUCAGUGUAGGCCCGAGGCUUCCCCGCAGUUGCUGCCGGACUUGGUGAAUUUUCGCAGUAAUUUCUGUUUCUUCAGUGACAUGGUGCAGAAUGAAAGAUGAAGAAAGGGGAACAGUGGAGACUCUCUCGCUAGAUUGCAGACUGACACCUACGUCAUGGAAUUACCAGAUGACAGGAAUUCUGCAGAUCUGUCAGAACAUCUCUUUCAGAAGAUUGUUUCACUUCCCUCGAGUGUAUGCAGCAGAAGAUCUUGGAGGGCAGGAUGGGAAGCUUCCUGAGUGUAUUGGCAGUCCCCAGGUCCCUGAAACAGGGUGGGACAGAAUCCGGGAGCUAUUUGUUCGCAAUGAGUUGAAAACUUAUCCAGAGGAAAUAACCAACGUCUGGAAGAGUGUCAUUAUAGCUGCGUGUGUUGGAAUGUUGUACGGUGGUAUUCCUGCUGCAAGGCAUGCUAAAAUCCGUUACAUCGAGCACAGUCAAGCUGAGUUAUACAAAAAUCGCUUGGAGGCUGUGAGGUCAGCACAAGAUGCCGCAGUCCGGGGCUUUGUUCGUUACGGGUGGCGAUGGAGCUGGAGAGUCGCUGUGUUUGUAGCAAUAUUCAACACAGUUAGCACAGGUCUGUCUGUGUAUCAUGAUCAGAAUCUUCUGAGGCACUACUCUACAGCUGGAGCAAUCACAGGAGGACUAUUCCGGAUGAAUCUUGGAUUGGGUGGAUUCUUAGCAGGCACAGCCAUUGGUGCCAUAAUGGGAGUUCCUGCAGGGUCAUUGAUCCUGGCAAUGCAGAAAGUUGGUGGAGAGACUGUCAGGGAACGUAAACGUAGAGAGCGACGAGAGAUUUACGAACUUAAGUUGGAAGAAUGGAGAGCCAGAUUACAUCUAACAGAAGGUUUAAUUGAUGAAAUUGCUGGAAAAGAUUCAGCAGAAAAUGAUUUGGAGAAAUUAGAAGAGCUAUUAAAUAAGCCCAGAAAUCCAGAGUCUUCGGUUAAAGAGAAAAUCUGACUGGAUUGGGGAAUUGAGAAGACGUUUGUGUGAAUGACACCAACUGCAGUAGAUGUCUUAAAAAAAAAAUUGUCUGAGUCAGUUAACGAAAAAUGCGUUCUUGAUUUAACUAAAGAACAGUACAGUCAAAGUAAAUUCCUAAGCUGAAUUGAUCAGCACUAGGACACCUGGAAUUUGUCUUGUAUAAUUAUUAUAUUAUGGUAAUCUUAUAAUUGUGAACAUAUGUGACUACGAGCAUAUUGAAGAUGUCCAUUGGGAUUUGUUCGUAAUGUUCCCUCCGAAUGCAACAUUUUGAAGAGUUAGAAAAGCACUGUCUUUGAAAAUGGUAAAUCAGUUGACCAUUGUUACACCCUCAUUACUAUAAUUGUUCUAACAUGUCUAAUGUGCUCUUGCUGCAUUGGAGAGUUGAGUAAAUUUACUCCAAACCUUGUUCAGUAAUCAUUCAUAAUGAUUUAUAGGAAAUCAACUUGUCUGUGUGUGGCUGGGAGUUCUCUAUCCAAAGAAAUGAACUAACCAUUUCUCAUGGCCACAUGAAUGACCAGGAUUCGAAUUGCAUCUCCUGGUUCUCCCUGGACACGUUCACUGAAUGCCCAGUGCCACCCAGCACUUGUCUUGUAUAACAAUGAUUGGAGUUUAGUUUGCAGUUUUGUGGUAUUUUUAAUAGCAGGUUAAAAAUUUGACAUUAAUUCCUGUUAAUGAUUAUGAUUGAAUAUAGCAAAAAAGAAGUUUGUAUCACAUAUUAAAACAAUCACUGAAAAAGUGGGCAGUAUGAAUGAAACCCAUGUGAUUUGAGAACUUGAAUUUAAAACUUGUGUUGAAAACACAUUCUGAUCUUAUAAUAAAAUGUUAUCAUUGUGCUGGUAAAGAGUGUAACUGAACUAAUAUGAUAAAAUCUAAAUUAUAACCAGUCAAUGAAAGGUAAAUUCUGUUCACUGCGGAAUGUGAUUUGUGGUCACAAUAAAGUCUUUCAAAUUUGUGCUAUAUUACAGCAGAGUUCUGCAAAGUA